GUGGUUCUGACAGCUGGCACUGGCGAACCGACGAGCGAGGUGUGGGUGGACGACGUGCAGGUGGUGAGUGCCAGCUGCAACGUGAGCGUCAGCCAGACGGCACCCGCGACCAGCUUGGCCACGCCCCCCCAGUGGAGAUGCGAACCCGAGGGGAGUCUCUGUGGGAUGACGCAGCCGCAACUCGGCCGAAGGGACUGGGUCUACGUGCACGUGCCGCCCUCGGACCUCGACGGCAACCACACCACCCGCGCCCCGCCUCAGGCCACCACCACCACCGACACGCCCUAUGUGGAAGCCCCGCCCACGCCCGCACAGAGGACGUGUAAGGACGGCACGCCCCUGGACGCCGCUUGGGUGUGCGACGGCAUUCCGGACUGCGCCGAUGAGAGCGACGAGGAGGACUGCGAGUGCACGGAUGAAGACGACUUGGAGUGUGCAGUGACUGCCUCCUCCACCUUCCACCUCGGCGCCGGUGUGUGCGCAGAGGGGGCAUUCCGUUGUACAUCGGGUCGUGUCUGUGCUUCGGGAGACUGCGUGGCGCCCCUAGGACCUUGCCUGCCGAGGGACCUGGUGUGCAACGGAGAGGCCGACUGCUACGGGGCCGAGGACGAGGCCGCCUGCGUGGGCGUGGCGAGGACGAACCCUGAACAUGAGAAGGUGGGCGGCAUUGAGACGAUGCAGUGCUCAGGAGGCUUAAGGAUCCCGGAGGCUUGGCGGUGCGACGGAAGGAAGGACUGUCCUCUUGAUGGAUUGGAUGAGGUUUUCUUGAGAAUCUUUGAUGCCUAA